CCCACAUCUUUACACAGUUCUUUCUCUCAUGUUUCACGUGUUCUCUCACAAAGAUUUAUUAACAGAGAAUUCUAAAGAUUGCUAUUUGUUUGGAUCUGGAGACUUUUCAAGUUCUUCUUGUGUAGUUGAGAUGGUGUCACACAUAUCCAGGAAGAGGAAGACAAAUAAUUUAACUACACUUUCUAAAAUGUGACUCUUUAAGCUGCUGAUAUUUUUGUCAUUUGGGUGUCGACACACAGACUUUGACACUGCAGCACGAAAUGACUAUGGUGCCGUCACUCAUAACAUCUCUUCCUCUGAUGUUGGUGAUCAUGACUGCGGGGGUUGAUGGUCAGCAGUAUCUGACAGUGAAUUAUAGUCCUUCAUAUGUUUGUGCAUUAAAGGGGUCAACAGUGAAACUGUCCUGUACUGUAAAAUAUCCUCAUGAUCAUGAGCUAAAGACAGUCAUCUGGACCAAACCUGCUGUAACUGAUGGAGAUCCACCAAACCUGUGUUUAGACCCAGAAAAGAGAGGAAGAGUUCAGUGUGACCGUGAAGAUAAAGACACUCACAGCAUCACUUUGACGAGUGUAACAGAAUCAGAUAAACACAUCUACAACUGCAGAUUCACUACAGACAGAGGAAGAUGGACAGGGAUUCCUGGAGCUCGGCUGGACGUCACAGAUCUGCAGGUGGAGACAGAGCAGAGUGUGAAUAAGGGAGAUUCAGUCACUCUGACAUGUAAAAGCAGCUGCUCUCUGCCUCAACAAACAACAUUCAUCUGGUUCAGAAACACAGAGAGAUUAACUACAGGAAUCAUCACAAAGAAUCAGCUUCAGCUGCGGUCAGUCAGUCGUCAUGAUUCAGGAAACUAUCAGUGUGCUGUUUCAGGAGAGGAACAUCUGAUCUCUCCACCUGUUUAUCUUAAAGUAAGAUCGGGUGAUGGUCAGCAGGAUUGGGGAGUGAGUUACAGUCCUUCAUAUGUUUGUGCAUUAAAGGGGUCAACAAUGAAUCUCUCCUGUACUGUAAAAUAUCCUCAUGAUCAUCAGCUCAAAACAGUCUUCUGGACCAAACCUGCUGUAGCUGUUACAGAAACCCCUGACCUGUGUUUAGACCCAGAGAACAGAAGAGUUCAGUGUGACCGUGAAUAUAAAAACAACACUUGCAGAAUCACUUUGAUGAAUGUAACAGAAGCAGAUAAACACAUCUACAACUGCAGAUUCACUACAAAAAAUAAGGAUGGAAAAUGGACGGGGGUUCCUGGAGUUCAGCUGGACGUCACAGAUCUGCAGGUGGAGAUAGAGCAGAGUGUGAAAGAGACAGAUUCAGUCAAUCUGACAUGUAAAAGCUCCUGCUCUCUGCCUCAACAAACAACAUUCAUCUGGUUCAGAGAGACACAGAUAUUAACUACAGGAAUCAUCAGAGAGAAUCAGCUUCAGCUGCAGUCAGUCAGUCUUCAUGAUUCAGGAAACUAUCAGUGUGCUGUUUCAGGAGAGGAACAUCUGAAGUCUCCACCUGUUUAUCUUCAAGUAGGAUCGGGUGAUGGUCAGCAGGAUUGGGGAGUGAAUUACAGUCUUUCAUAUGUUUGUGCAUUAAAGGGGUCAACAGUGAAACUGUCCUGUACUGUAAAAUAUCCUCAUGAUCAUCAGCUCAAGGCAGUCUUCUGGACCAAACCUGCAGUAGCUGUUACAGAAACCCCUGACCUGUGUUUAGACCCAGAAAAGAGAGGAAGAGUUCAGUGUGACUGUGAAUAUAAAAAAAACACUUGCAGAAUCACUUUGACGAAUGUAACAGAAGCAGAUAAACACAUCUACAACUGCAGAUUCACUACAAACAAUAAGGAUGGAAGAUGGACAGGACGUCCUGGAGUUCAGCUGGACGUCACAGAUCUGCAGGUGGAGAUAGAGCAGAGUGUGAAAGAGACAGAUUCAGUCACUCUGACAUGUAAAAGCAGCUGCUCUCUGCCUCAACAAACAACAUUCAUCUGGUUCAGAUACACACAGAUAUUAACUACAGGAAUCAUCACAGAGAAUCAGCUUCAUCUGCAGUCAGUCAGUCUUCAUGAUUCAGGAAACUAUCAGUGUGCUGUUUCAGGAGAGGAACAUCUGAUCUCUCCACCUGUUUUUCUUCAUGUAGGAUAUCCUCCAAAGAGUGUCUCAGUGUCCAUCAGUCCGUCUGCUGAAAUAGUGGAGGGAGAUUCAGUGACUCUGAUCUGCAGCAGUGACUCAAACCCUCCUGCUCUGAACUUCAGCUGGUUUAAGGAGAAUCAAAGCUCAGCUGUUGGAUCUGGACAGAGUUUCAUCAUCUCCAGCUUUAACUCCAGUCACAGCGGACGCUACUAUUGUGAGACUCAGAAUCAACAUGGAUCUCAGAGAUCAGCGUCUGUUUCAGUCUCUGUUAAAGGGGUUCAGAGAGCUGCUCUGCACACAGUUAUUGGGAUUGUGGUGGGAUGUGGAGGAUUGAUCUUCAUCAUCAUCAUCAUCAUCGUGUUUAUUAAGAAGAAGAGGAGAGACAGUGGAGCUGAAGAUGUCAGACAAAAUCAGCAGGAGGAUCGUGUCAGCAGAUCAGGAGAAACAGCUCCGACCAAUGACGAUCCAGUGUAUUCAGAAGCAUCAGCCAAUCAGACGGAUGAUCUGUAUGCUAUGGUUCAAGCGAAGAAACCCAAACGCUCGAGGACAGAACAAACAGAGAAAGACUCUGGAGAUGCUGAAGAGAUUCAGUAUGCCAGUGUCCAUCACUUCAAGAACAAAGACAUGAACAAGACUGAAGAGACCACUGAGAUUCAACAUCCGUCUGAUGCCAGCAGAUCUGAGGAUGUGAUCUACAGCUCAGUCAAAUGAAGAACAUGUGGUCGAUCUGAUGCUCACAGGAGACCUGAGUUUGAGUUCAGUCCAGGUCAUGUUCCAGAUCCUUCUCUGCUUGAUUUCACACAUUUACACAUUCAUGGACUGUUCUGCUGUUUGGACAUUAAUGGCUUUCAGCUUACAGUCUGCUCAUUUAAUCAUGAAUAUUACACACUGUCUUCUCUCUACACUCACACAUGGACACCACUCAGACCUUUAAUAGUCAAAGGCCUUUUAGCUCUCGCUUUGUACACUCAGACAUUUUCUUGUGUGUGUUCAUACUGUGUGAUUUUAUUGCUAAAUACAUUACAUUUUAACAUCAGAAAGUCUUUAUUGUCAUUAAUACAUCACUAUGACAAUUUAGCAUAUUUUACACUUCAUUGUACUCUGGUUUGUUUGCCUAUAAAAAGCCUAACCAAGUUAUAAUCAUUUUAAGCUACCUGCUCAUAAGACAUAUUUUUCAAGUUUCUAUUUUUAUUUUGCUAUUGAGAGUAUUGAUGCUGUUAGUGACAUUGACACAAAGGUGAUCACUUGUAUAAUUUUAACCAUUUAAAAUGAAU